CCGAUCACAAUGAGAGGGUUCCUGACCAGCGCCUGUAUCCUCUGUGUGUUCAUAACAGCAGGUAACUGCCUGUUAUGCACAGAGUGCAAUAAUCAAACCAAUUCCAGUUGUGAAGGCUCCUUGGUGACUUGCGAGUCCUGUUUGACGGUCAUCACUGAUAUCCAGAAUGGAAAUGACUCUUACCCAACUAUCUUAAAAUCAUGCAGCCAGAACCCAGAGAUGUGUAAUAUCUCCUACCAUCUGAGCACUACGACAACUCGCAUGGAGCUCACGUCUUCCUGCUGUGAUACAGAGUUCUGUAACAACGAUACUAUGCACACCCCUUCCCAGAACACCACGGAGAAUGGCAUCGAAUGUCCCUCCUGCUUUGAAAUGAAUGCAGACAGCUGUGAGGCCAAUGAGACCAUUAGAUGCACUGGAUCUGAGAAUAAAUGCAUUAGUUUCUCAGGAAAAAUGUCAGACUCAGAACAAGGUGACUGCAUUCCGUUUGCGCUGCAGGGCUGUGCGACCGAAGACACCUGCUACGCCUCCGACUUCCCUCUCUUCCCUGUAACGCGGCUGUGUGAAGCCUCCAGCCCUCUAUGCUUUGAUGGUGCCUCAAUCUCCUGGGAUCCCUAGUGCAUAUUUAGGUUUCUUGUACUGCUAACUAUCUGGAAAAGUUCAUUCAAAGUCUGCUGUUUUCAUCUGUUUUCAGUCUGUUUAUAGAUCUCUGUAUAUUGGCUCUUUGUAACAAUAAACUAUAUAUCAGCCGUU